UUGAGGUGCUGCGCGCUAUAUGUCAGCAUACGUGUUAUCAUUGUAUUUGUAAUGAUUACGUCGUGACAAUAAUAAUUUAAAAAUAUUCAGGUGUUUAAAAUAAUAUAUAAUAAACUACAGUUAUGUAAAAAAUAAAUCCAAGUUCUACAAUCAGUUGAUUUAAAUUUUCCAUCAUCUAAAAGUUAAGGUGACAGGUAACCAGUGUCAACUGCACCGAUAAUUAAAAAUAAAAAUGAUCAGCGGGUUCCAAGUAGCCUUGAAAAAUACCAUCGACGUCAUAGCCCCACCAGCAACACCAAUCCAGGAUUUUAUUUAUCACUGGAAGCAGUUGAUGAAGUUUUAUUCUAGUCAUAAAACCAACUGCAAAGUCUCAAUUGAAAACACAGGAAUUCCUCAGCAUUUGAACCACCUGCUGGAAAUUUUACUGAAUGAAGAGAAAGAAAGCGACAAUCCCGGGUCAUGUCUAGAGUAUUUACUGCAAUACAAACUCCUGGACUGGCUGGCAACGCUGGCCACUGCAGAGACACCACCAGGAAUGCGACUAGUCUGCUUGAUAUUUUUUAAAAAACUUCUCGCCCGAACAAAGUUUCCUCUGCUGCAUCAAGCCGCAGUAUACGGGCCAGUAUUGCGGCUGAUAAGUCUCUGCAGUGGCAGCAUCCCAUCGCCGAUCGAAGCUGAAGAAAUCAAAUUUCUCUUGACACUCUGCUUCCUCAUAUGCAGAUACCCGCACUUGACAAAUAUCGUCAACGACUGCAGUGUCCGUCUCGAGCAGUCCGCAGUCAAUGGUUCUGAGCGGCUUGACAUUCAGUCAGUAACUUACAUUCCCAGCAGGCAGAGAUCUAAUACAAAUCCAUUAUUCAAACCACUAAAUACCCAAGCAAUAACUCUGGUAAAUCCAAAUUUGUUUGCUUGUAAUUAUAAUCAGAGACGAUCGAUCUGUACCGAGAGGUUUAAAAAGUCUGCUAAACACUGUGAUAAAAUUCGUAGAAAAAUUAAUGGUCGUUCCAACGAGUCAACGUCUUCACGUGAUACUGAAAACUCAUCGCGUUGUUCUAGUCCAGUUGAAAAAAAUAAUGACGCAGCGUUGGAGACAAUUGUAGAUAACUGCGAUUAUGAAAAUUGUGAUAAAGAAUCCGAUCGUGUUUCUUCUUCAGUAUUUGAUAUUGAUGCUAAACUACAGGAUCUUGAAGAAUUGAGGAUAGAUGAUUACCGUGGUAAUGAACUAGUCCAUGAUAUUAAUGAGGGUGAUGAUAAAAGACAGAAUUUAUCUAUUUCUCCUGAUCCCGAGAGCUCAAACUUACUUUUAGAUGCCUUAAUAUCUUACUUGAAUAGUGCUGAUAAUACAGUAAGAGUAAGAGCCUGUGAAGGAAUAAUGGUUUUAGCGACACUAGAGGAACCAGCAUUUGCACGUACGAUGGCACAAAGUGAUUUGCCAAGAGUACUUACGGCUAGAUUAGAGAAUUUAUUCAACUGUAUACCAGCACACGUGGACCCUGCAGAGAUAGACGAGAUAGAUUUCACGUGGGGUCUGGAUUCCCCGCUCUGGACAAAGGAAAAAAAAUUUCCAGGGUGCAGACAAGUCGCUGCUUACUUUAUGUCAUUCGAUUACUGCGACCAGUUGAUCAAAGAGGCUCAUCCUGAUGUAGCUGCCGCUCUUGCCAAAGCUAUUAGAUUAUUAUUUUUUGAAAAAGUAUUAACACCAGCACUAGUAGAUCAUCAUGUCGUAUUGAUUACUGCGUUGGUCACUGAAACGCUUAGAAAAAUAACUGGAUCCAUAUUAAAUGCUGAGCUUGGCUAUUGGUUGGUAGGUAUUCAAAGAGCUCCAGUUGCUGAUGUAUGUGAGACAUCAAUAAUAGAACGUUUGAUAGAAAAUUGUUAUUCAGAUAGUGAUGAUCUGACUUUAGAAACAUUGAAACUGUUUGAAGCGAUACUAGAAAUACGAAAUGAACACGUGUUCCACUGUAUGGUUCUUUCAUAUUUAACAUCACGUGGUUACUAUGACACAUCAGCAGCAGACAGUGCAAUAGCAUCCUGGAGCGAUGAGGAAGACGAACGAGAGCGUGAAAAAAAAGGCUCGCUAGAUUUCUCUCAAGAACAGACCCACAGCCGAACUUUGGCGCCCAGUAACAUUCACCGGAUACUCAAUUGCUUUUUAUCUCUGGUACCGAGACAACUGCAGAGUGAUCCAGGUGAAGAUGAUUACGCGCGUUACAUGGCCGACUGGGAAAAACAGUACCAGCGAGUUAAAAAUGAGUGCGCUCUAUUUGCUUGGCCGCUGGAAGCUAUUUCUGUUGACGACUCUGGCAGUUAUGACUCACGACCUGAAGCAGAUCAUUGCUCUUCUAGGUUUUACAUGGGCCCUUUUAUUGUCAUGCUGCUUGAUAAAGUAUCAAACAUUCCGAAUCAAAAAUAUGAAAUAAAUUUACAGUUAACUGUAGUAAUUUCAAAACUUGCUUUGCUACCGCAUCCGUACUUACAUGAGUUUCUACUCAAUCCUCUGGUGCCUCUAAUUCCUGGCACCAAAAGUUUGUUUAAUUGUCUACAGAAAACAGUUAAACAAUUAGUCAGCGAAGUUAGCAAAUUGCCAAAGUAUAAAGAUGAAUUAAGAGAAACUAGAAAAAAAUUAUUACAAGAAACUUCACAGGAUUCAAUAAAAGAAAAUAUUUUGUAUGAAAGUAUUGUAAUAACUGAAGAAUUUUGUAAAGAAUUAGCAGCAAUAGCUUAUGUUAAAUAUCAACAUUCCAUGUAAUGUUAAGUGUCCAUAAUUGUGUACCUUGUUAUUAUAAUUAUUAUUUACUAAUUAAUAUAUAUGUAUACAUAUAAAUAUUUUAAAAUAAUUAUACAAUUAAUGCACAACUAAAUGCUUAGAAAUAUUUAA